AUGUUACCAAAUAAGUAUACAUACAAUAAGUAUGGAACAAGAAGUAAUCAAACUGAUAGGGUCACCAAAAGGAGUAUGAGUGACUCAAAAAUAGGAAGUUCUGUGUCUUAUUCAUCUACUGAUUUACGCUCUGGGCCUUCUUCAUCUUCUUCUAAUACUUCAAUAUCCUCUAAUUCAGUUAACGAUACGGGUAAAAGUAAGACUCAAGAAGUGAAUGAGAUGGAUUUUUGUAAUCAUGUGUUACAUAAUGAUGCACGAGUAAGAAAUGAUUCAUCUAUCAAAUACAUCAGAAAUGUAAAUAAUCCCUUUGAAGGUUAUCCAAAGCUAAGUAAACUUCAUCAAUUGAAACGAAGUCAAAUGAUCAAACAUGCAGUUAAACCAUAUGGAGUAAGGAUCCCCACUGAGAAAAUCAUUCCUACCUUAUACCAUUGGAUUGAAGUCUAUGGAAUUAAGUUUGAUGUAAUUAUGAUUGGAGCUUUGGUAGAGAAUCAAUUUAUCUUACCUAUAUUGAAUAAUAUUCCCUUCCAUAAGUUAUGUUCCAAGCCUGGAUUCUUAUUUAUUUGGGCAACAACUCAAAAGAUUCAAGAAUUGACUAACUUAUUGAAUAAUGAUAAUUUCAAUAAAAAGUUUAGAAGAUCUGAAGAGUUAAUUUUCUUACCAAUUGAUAAGGAUUCGCCCUAUUUUCCAGGAGAAAGUGUUGAUGAAUCAAUUCUUUUGUUUGAAAGACAACAAUGGCAUUGUUGGAUGUGUAUUACUGGUACAGUUAGAAGAGCCACAGAUAAUCAUUUAAUUCACUGCAAUGUCGAUACGGAUUUACAAAUUGAAUCAACUACCACUAAUGGAAAGAAGAAUGCUGUACCCGAUGCUUUAUAUAGAGUUGCAGAAAAUUUCUCAAAUUCGAAUAGAAGAUUACAUAUUAUUCCAUCUAAGACAGGAUAUGACACUCCUGUGAAAUUGAGACCAGGAUGGAUUAUAAUGAGUCCUGAUGUUAUGAUUAAUAAUUUUAAUCCAAAGCAAUACAAAGAAGAGUUAUAUUCUAAGUCUUUUGUUCAUUACAAGGCUUCAUCUUCUGGAAAUUCAAUGAAUUCUACACAAGGAAAUGGUAAUGUUUAUAGUAAUGCUCACUUCUUAGUUCCUCAAACUGAAGAAAUUGAAGAGCUCAGACCUAAAAGUCCAGUUAUUGCAUCAAAGAAUGGCUAA